UGUCAGCGCGGGCGCGAGCGCGCGGGGCGCGGGGUGGGCGCGGCCGAGCGGGUCCCCGAGCCGGUCCCCAGCCCGGCCCGCGACCCCGGGCCUCCAGCGCCGCCCGCUCCGGCCUCGGAGGCCCGCGCCGCCAGCCCGCCGCGCCCCGCACUCGCCCGCUCGCUCUCCUCCCCUCGCUCUCCGGCCAGUCGGGCGGGUCCCCGAGACCCUGUGGGGUCGAGGCUGGUGGCAGGCAGGCGGUCAGGCCCGGGCCGCGCCUCCUCGCCAUGUCCUCAGCCCGCGACGCCAGCAGCCGCUUCCCGCUGCACCUUUUGGUCUGGAACAACGACUACCGGCAGCUGGAGAAGGAGCUGCGGGGCCAGAAUGCAGAGGCCCUGGACCCACGGGGUCGGACGUUAUUGCAUCUUGCGGUUUCUUUGGGACAUUUGGAAUCUGCUCGAGUCUUGCUGCGACAUAAAGCAGAUGUGACCAAAGAAAAUGGCCAAGGGUGGACAGUUUUACAUGAAGCAGUGAGCACGGGUGACCCCGAGAUGGUGUACACAGUCCUGCAGCUCCGAGACUACCACAACACAUCCAUGGCCCUCGAAGGUGUACCUGAGCUGCUACACAAAAUUCUUGAGGCCCCGGAUUUCUAUGUGCAGAUGAAAUGGGAGUUCACCAGCUGGGUGCCCUUGGUUUCUAGAAUAUGCCCCAAUGAUGUCUGUCGCAUCUGGAAGAGCGGUGCGAAGCUGCACGUGGACAUCACUCUGCUGGGGUUUGAAAACAUGAGCUGGAUAAGAGGGAGAAGAAGUUUCAUAUUUAAGGGAGGAGACAACUGGGCAGAGCUGAUGGAAGUCAACCACGAUGACAGAGUGGUCACCACUGAACACUUUGAUCUUUCCCAAGAAAUGGAGCGCCUCACCCUGGACCUCAUGAAGCCAAAAAGCAGGGAGGUUGAACGGCGGCUCACAAGCCCAGUCAUCAACACCAGCCUCGACACUAAGAAUAUCGCCUUUGAAAGAACUAAAUCCGGAUUCUGGGGCUGGAGGACAGAUAAAGCAGAAGUUGUUAAUGGUUACAAAGCAAAGGUUUACACAGUAAACAAUGUGAGUGUGAUAACCAAAAUACGGACAGAACACCUGACGGAGGAGGAAAAGAAGAGAUAUAAAGAGGACCGGAAUCCACUGGAGUCUCUGCUGGGAACUGUGGAACAUCAGUUUGGUGCUCAAGGGGACCUCACCACGGAGUGUGCCACCGUAAAUAACCCCACGGCCAUCACACCCGACGAGUACUUUGAUGAAGACUUUGAUCUGAAGGACAGGGACAUUGGAAGGCCAAAAGAGCUGACGAUUAGAACACAGAAGUUUAAAGCUACACUGGGGAUGUGUGAAGAGUUCCCUCUCUCCCUUGUGGAGCAGGUCAUUCCUAUCAUUGACCUCAUGGCUCGAACUAGCGCUCAUUUUGCAAGACUGAGAGAUUUUAUCAAAUUGGACUUUCCUCCUGGAUUCCCUGUCAAAAUAGAAAUCCCCUUGUUUCACGUUUUGAACGCACGGAUUACAUUUGGAAAUGUUAAUGGCUGUAGCACGGCUGAAGAGAGUCAGAAUGUGGAGGGGAUCCAGGCCGACACAGCUUCCGAGGUCACAAACUUCGAGGUUGAUCAGUCUGUGUUUGAAAUCCCUGAAUCCUAUCAUGUUCAAGACAACGGCAGGAAUGUGCAUCUCCAAGAUGAGGACUAUGAGAUAAUGCAGUUUGCCAUCCAGCAGGGCCUGUUGGAGUCCAGCAGGAGCCAGGAACUUUCAGGACCAGCUUCAAAUGGAGGGAUCAGCCCCACCCACAGCUAUGAAGCCCAGUAUGAAAGGGCCAUCCAGGAGAGCCUUCUAACCACCAUGGAAGGCUCGUGCCCAGGUGCCCUCAGUGAGUCGAGCCGUUUUGAUAGUGACCUGCAGCUGGCCAUGGAGCUGUCUGCCAAAGAGCUGGCGGAACAGGAGCUAAGGCUCCAGGAGGAAGAGGCCGAGCUCCAGCAAGUCUUGCGGCUGUCACUCACUGAGAAGUAGACAUUUCUGUCCAGGGGCUGCACAGAGUACAGGCUCUGGGCUGCAUGGGGGUGCUUCGUCAGCUGCGACCCUGCAGCAGAGGCCUACACUUCCUGCAGGCAGCAGCUGCCCCUUCCUUUAUGCAAAGGUGCAGGACCAGGGACUCCCCAGAGUGGAGGAGGGCAGCACUGGAAGGCCCCAUCUCCAGGCUGAGGGAGGAGAGUAUCACCACCUUCCAUUAGCUGUCCUGGCCUGCAGGUCACAUUUUUACUACCAGCUUUAGACAGUGACGCCAAGCCCUGCAGGUUAGUAGAUAUAUCUUCAUCAGAAGUGAUAACACACAUCACUGCAGAGUCAGGGUGCUUUUCUACAGGAGAGCAGCAGCCUUUGUAGAGUGUUCACCAAAGAAACGGGUUCUGCUGACCUCUUUAUUCCCUUCCUAUAGGGUCCCUAGACAUUGCCAUUACACCUCCCCAUCUCUACCUUGUCUGUGCCCUUUACCCCCCCCGCCCCCCCGCCCCCGCUAGGAGGAUAUAUACAGGAUCUAUUUUAGAUUAUGGCUAUUUGCAUCAAAUUAAGAUAUACAAAUGACCACGGAUAUUGCCUUAGCCUUAAAAAUUACUAAUAGUUUAACCCACCUCACUCCACACACUGAGGACCUGAUUGGAAUCCAUAACGGCAGUUCCUUUGGGAGCAGCAUCCUCCAGGCUAAACCGAAGGCAGCUAAUCCUGUCCUUGGAGGAGCAGCUUGGGGAAUCCAUGGCUGGUUCUCAAAGCACGCAAGCUGACCAAACCAUGGGAACAGCA